AGAUUUGAAAGCAUACUUUAGCCGACAUGACGCAACAGGUCCAGGUGGCGCGGACUGCUGCCGUGUGCGUGGAGGCACAGCUCCAGGGCGGUAUUACUGUUGGUGAGCGCUGCGCCGUGCACCCUGGCGCAUCUCUUCGCUCAACAGGCGGGCCUAUUGUCCUGGGCGAGCGCUGCUUUGUGGAGGAUGGCGCUGUGCUGGCCAACGACACGCCUGAAGACAUGAAGAUCGGCAGUGAUAAUCUGUUCGAGGGCGGCUGUGAGGUGCGAAGCCGAAGCGUGGGUAGCGGCAAUUGGUUCGAGGCCAAGGCGCGGGCAUUGGAGGGCUCUGUGAUUGGCAACAACUGCCUCAUCGGUAGUGGCGUCGUGGUAGCUGCUGGCGAGCGUGUGCCGGACAACUCGAUCCUCGUCGCAGUGCAGACGCCGCAGGGUGACACACGCCGCGUCGUAAGAGAACAGAAGGAUUAUCUCGUCAAGACACACUCGGCUCUCAUUCAGAAGUACGUCGAUAUUUUCCCAAGAGGGUCCAAGAGCCCCUACGCCCUUGAAAAACAUCACGAACUGCGGCAAUAAUUUGGAGAUUAAUAUACAAGAGAAUAGAGAAAAUAGUGGGUGGUGUACAUGUCAAGUUGGUCGUUUAUUUAACAUCAUGGCGGUUGGA